AUGCAGGUCGAAAAUGCGCUAUUCAAGGUCCAUGCAACUCAAUUAUCAUGCUCAUCCAUUGCAUUUGAGGAGAUGUUUUCUGUUGGAAGCCAAUUUCAGCCGAUGGAAGGCUUGGAAGGCUUGAGUGAUGACUAUCCAAUUGUCAUUCCCGAACUCAGCAUGAAUAUGUUUGAACUGUUCCUCUCCAUUGCAUACAGCAGUUGGAAACCCAAAGGUCCCACUCAUGAUGAUGUUGUCAACCUUCUUCAGUUCAGCAACAAGUUCAUGAGUCAAAAAGCUUGUGAUGUUGCCAUCAAUCACAUUCAAGAACAUCGAUUUCAACACAAACCAUAUGAACUUCUGGCACUCUGUCUUGAAUUUUCAAUUCAGAAGUUCUUUGUUCCUGCUUUUCGCUGUCUCAUUGAAUUUCGCAUCCGUGAUAUUCCAGGACCAGUGCGAAAGAGACUUGGGUUUGAACAACUAUGGUGGAACUCAAUGGCCUGUUUUCUCCUUGAUGGUCGCAAUCCUCAAGAUUUCCAUGAUGCUGUCGAGCGCUUCCAGGAGCUUGGGUCCGAAAUUGGAAGGGUGAAUCCAGAGUGCUGGAAGACCCUGCUUCAAACAGUGAAGAAAGGAGCAGCAUUCCAUCUAGCUUUUGAUAUCAUUGAGGAGACAGCUCAGCAGUUGUCGGCAGCUCUGAUCACAGAGCCUGGCUCAAUGUUGACACGUGCAGAGUUGGAUACCUUGGGGCAUCAAUGA